UCUCAACUCGGGCAUCAUACCACACACUCUCGUGGGUGUCCAGAUUGUCGCCAUGGCGGCCGACCUCUAUAAUGGAACUCUUUCAGAUAGAACACAUCCCCUGAAAAUAUUCGAUGCUGCCAAGAGUCAAGAUAGAUUUCUGAACGUCUCAGCCCCUAUGGUGAGAUACAGCAAGCUCGCUUUCCGUCAAACCGUUCAUGAAUAUGCUACCGAUCUCUGCUGGACACCCAUGAUCCUGUCGAAAGAGUUCAACCGCAAUAACUUUGCCCGGGACAGUGAUCUCACAAUAUCCACCCGUGGAAUUCAGCCUCCCACGAUAGUUCAAUUUGGCGCAAACAGCCCUCUCGAGCUCGCCCGCUCAUCAUCUCUUGCCGCCCCUUUUGUCAACGGUGUCGAUCUCAACUGCGGGUGCCCACAGUCAUGGGCUUGCGCAGAGACUCUUGGUGCCGCUCUUAUGGAGCAGCGUGAACUCGUGCGAGAUAUGGUCAUCGAGACUCGUCAACGCUUGGCUAGUGACGGCUGGCAUGUUGGCAAGGAGCGGGAUAUCGACAGUCCAAAGGGGAGGAGCGUCAGCGUCAAGAUCCGUGUGCACAAGGACUUGAGGAAGACGAUGGACUUCAUCGACACCGUGAUUGGCAACCCCCUGAACCGUAAUAUCGACUUCCUGACGAUCCACCCCCGUACCCGUCACACUGCAUCCACCACCCCUAUUAACACCGAAUCUCUCGGCAUUCUCCUCGAGAAAUACGGUGACACGCUCCCAAUCCUUCUAUCUGGCGAUGUCUUCUCCAUGGCCACGCUACCCCUGUCGACGGUAUCCAAAGCACCAGAAGAACCUUUGGAACCGACACUGAUCAACGGCCACAAUGGCCAUACGGACUUCACCCCCAGUGGCACCAAGUUGGCAGGUCUUAUGUCUGCGCGGGGUAUCCUCGCAAACCCUGCUCUUUACGCUGGUUUCGAGUCUUGUCCGUGGGAGGCUGUCGAAUGCUUCAUGCGCCACGUCAUUCGUGCCCCGAUGCCAGUGAAGCUCGUUCAGCAUCACCUUCACGAGAUGUGUGGGCCAGGUAUGGGGCCGGAUAAGCGUGCUUUGCUGAAUCGACAGGAGAGGGCAGCAUUACUCGCUCUCGAAAAUAUGGUGGACGUGAUAGAUUUCUUGGAUGAUGCGAUCAAUCGCAAGACAGGCAGGACGGAAGGACUUCGCCGAGAGCCGAGACGUAGCUCAACAAUUCAUAUACCAUAA